CCCUAGUUACACGGGCGUACUAACCGCAGUUAAGACGCACCUCAGUUACGGCCAACCGCAGUUACACCCAGUUAGACGGAAAGCCUAACUGCGGUUAUUCCACUAACCAUGGUCACUGCAAACUGAGGUUGGCCACCUCAGUUAACGAAGCAAACAGACAAAAUGGCGGCACCCAUGCGGAUGGACGAAGGCGGCGCGGCUCCAACCAAGGUGACGGCCGAAAAGUCUUCCCAAAGGCGUGUCAACUGGUCUGUCUCAACAACAGAGUCGUUGAUACGCCUUUGGGAAGACAAUCUUGCCGCGCUGCGGUCGAACACGCGAAAUGCGCGUAUAUACGAUGAGAUGACGCGCAGCCUCAACGCACGCCUGCCUGCCGGUGAAGUGCCGUUCUCAGUGAAGCAGCUUCGCCAGAAGCUUGAAAACUUAAAUAAGCAAUACCGGAAGCUGAGGCGCUGUGGGACAUCGACAGGGUCAAAAGGUGUUGACUGGCCAUUUUAUUGGCAGCUGCAUUCUUUUCUCGGAACACUUCCAGUCAAUGACAGUGACCUUGUGGAAGAGAGCGUGGAGGUGCCAGAAGUGUAUGAGGCACCUGAUGAUGCUGAAGUGGUUGCAUCGUGGGAUGCAACCACUACAGACCAGGAAGACUCCUUCUCUACAGGAUGCCUGGAGGAGAGCCCUGCUCCCACCAAUGAGAAUUCUGGAGCAGCACAAAAUGCCGCAAGUCCCGCUGCCAGCUGCCCACCAAGCAGCAGGAAGCGAAAGCGGCCAUCAUCUGUGCUGCAAGAUUUGAUGACAAUGUUCAGCCGCGCAGAAGAUCGAGCAGCAGAAAAUGCGAAAGAGUCCCUUCAGCUGCGCAAGGAGCUUGUGGAACUCCAGAAGGAGGCCAAUGAGAUAAACAAAAAUAUGGCCGAAAUGGUGAACAGCUAUUUUGCUUCUAGGCAAAAUAAAGGUUGAAUGGAAGGGAUCCAACAUUGUUUUUGUUUUGCUUUCCUCAAACUCGUUCGUAAAAGUACUAAUUUUGGAUGUCCCAUACAUCCACUUGUACUUGUUUGUACUUAAUGUCUAAACCAGACCUAUCACUGUAUUCUUUGAAAAGAUGAGGCAACGUUUCACUCUUAAAGGUAUUUAUUUCCAUAAGCCACAAAAGAAUCUUGCUUUCAAUAUAAAGCGCACACCAUGUGCAAAUCAGCCUUUGCAAAACAUAAGUCCACCUCUCAAAACGCCAGCCAGCCUUUAUGGGGCACUUUAUCCCUGUUUAUACAAAUUUUAUCCACAGUGUGGGCUUCCAUCUGCCGGUGCCUUUGACUUUGAAUAUAAAAAAAGUCAUUCACUCCAGCCUUCUGUAGCCUACCAAUCAUACACAACAGAAAUACAUACCAAGAGUGCAGUCAU